GAAAAGUGAAACAAUAGUCUGGGAUUCAGUGGGAAGAUGAUUUUCCUGAAGUGGCACAUAAAGAGCUGUUACAUGGACACCGUUAGUGGAUCAGGGCAGAAGGUCUCCAGCAAAGCAUACGUGUGCAGCAUGAUCCUGGAGUGACAGGAUUGAUCAUUUACUGAGUAUUGGGAAAGCAGCCGAGAACCUUGGAGCCACCAUUAACGCCCAAGAGCGGCUUUUGCUUGACACUUCAUGCAAAAUGGAGAAGCAGUUAACAGGCACACUCGCUCUGGCAGUGUUCACAGCUGCCCUGGGCUCUCUGCAGAUGGGAUACAGCCUGGGCGUCAUCAAUGCCCCACAGAAGGUCAUUGAGAGGCACUAUGCAAGAUCUCUGGGUGUCUAUAAUGAAGAACUAGCUCGUAGAGACGGAGGAAACACCACAGAACAGGAAGAACCGACUGACGCUUCUGUGGUCAUGUACUGGUCCUUGUCUGUGGCCAUCUUCGCUGUCGGAGGCAUGGUGUCCUCCUUUCUAGUGAGCUUUGUUAGCGACUUCCGUGGGAGGAUCAAAGGUAUGCUGUAUAUAAAUGUCCUGGCUAUAACAGCCGGGCUACUGAUGGGCCUGUCUAAGAUGGGCACAUCUUACCUCAUGGUGAUAGCAGGACGUGCUAUCAUGGGACUGUACUGUGGUCUAUCAUCUGGUCUGGUGCCGCUGUACAUUGGAGAGAUUUCUCCAGUGAAGUACAGAGGUGCUAUGGGAGCACUUCACCAGCUGGCUAUUGUAAUCGGCAUCCUCAUUAGUCAAGUCAUCGGUCUGGAUUUCCUGCUGGGAAAUGAUGACAUGUGGCACGUGUUGCUGGGUCUUUCUGGAGCUCCUGCCAUCCUGCAGAGUCUGCUGCUGCUUGUGUGUCCAGAAAGUCCUCGAUACCUUUACAUCAAAAUAGGCAAAGUGGAAGAAGCAUGCAAGAGUCUGAAAAGGCUGAAGGGAGAUUACGACACCUCGAAGGAUGUAGCAGAGAUGCAGGCAGAGAAAGAAGAGGCCAUGAAGGAGGCCCAAAUGUCCAUCCUGCGGCUGCUCCGUUCCUCGGUGUACCGUCAGCAGCUCUUUGUGGCCCUGAUGAUGCAUUUUUCGCAGCAGUUCUCUGGGAUCAACGCUAUCUUUUAUUACUCUACUUCGAUCUUCCAGUCUGCGGGGGUCGGUCAGCCUGUGUAUGCCACUAUUGGAGUUGGAGUUAUAAACAUCAUUUUCACCCUUGUGUCGGUGUUCUUGGUGGACAGAGCGGGCAGACGGACUCUCACUUUGAUAGGACUGGGAGGGAUGUGCUGCUGUGCUGUGGCCAUGACAGUGGGCCUGGCUUUUCAGGACGUUUACUCAUGGAUGAGCUACCUCAGCAUGGCAGCCAUAUUCCUGUUUGUGUCGUUCUUUGAGAUCGGGCCUGGACCAAUCCCAUGGUUCAUUGUGGCGGAAAUCUUCAGUCAGGGGCCACGGCCAGCAGCCAUCGCAUUAGCUGGGUGUUGUAAUUGGACAUGUAAUUUCAUCAUUGGCAUGUUUUUCCCUUAUUUAGAGGGUCUUUGUGGGAGCUAUGUCUUCAUUGUUUUUGCAGUACUCCUAUUCGGUUUCACUGUUUUUAUCUACAUGCGUGUACCUGAAACAAAAGGGAAGACUUUUGAGGAGAUAGCCGCUGUUUUCCAUCGCAAACGUGGAGCUCCCCCUUCCAAACCUCAAGACGAAGCGGAGAUGGUGCAGCUCAAGGGCUCUACAGAGGCCUGAAAGGGGCUGUUAUCUUCUGAAAACUGUUACUGCUGUCACAGAAACUCAGCUGUUAUGACACAACUGAUCUGCUGUAUACUCCACAGAGCUUCACACUGAGAGCUAGCUCAGUGACUUAGCUCAUCAUUUGACAGGAAAUAACUGGUCUAGGACCAGGUGAAGAGAUUAACUAGCACAACAGCAUAGUCGUGAAAGAUGUUGCAAAAUAUAGACAUGCACUGGCUUUGUAGCAACCGAUGUUGAGACUUAAAUGAUUGUAUAUUGUUUUGACAUUCCCAAUGUUAUAUCUGUAAAAUAUAUUUCACAGGCAUUAUAAAAGAAUUGUUUUAUUAGUGUGA